GAGGCUAGCAGCACUCCCUGCGAUACCAUUACCUCCGAGACUGUGAUUGCCAGUGCCACCACUGAUGUGGUUCCUCCCGCUCCCACUGACGUCAGCCCUACCGGUUCUGAGUCUGUGAGUGUUCCUGCUGUUCCUACUCCCAGUGGCCCUGCCCCCGGCGAGGAGGCUAGCAGCACUCCCUGCGAUACCAUCACCUCCGAGACCGUCUACCCCGUCGCCACCGAGACCGAUGCUCCCUCUGUCAGCACCACCGAUGUCCCCCCUGUCAUCACUACUGCCCCCGCUGUCAGCUCCGGGCCCGCUCCCAAGGUGGUUACCAUCACCACCACUGUGAGCGUCGCUGUUUGCGAGCCCUAA